UUUUCAGUAUACAUCACAAGUACAUAUGAACAAAGUGUCUAUUUUUAGCAUACAUUACAAGUAAAUAUGAAGAGAGUUGUAGUACUAAAGCUAGUUCAGACUCUCCACACAUUAAUGGUUCCUCCAUGAAGAUCAUUCUGAAAACUCUUCACACUUCCCCACGCGCCACCACAGCACCACCACCAUCAUGUUGUCCGGCAAAUGCCACGUGUACACAUGAAGAAGGUGAAAUUGUGGAGAACAUGUAUACUGUCUCUGCUGAUCAUCACACUACAAGUUGUGGAUCAAGAAAAAGACCAUUUUCAAAACUUGCUGGUACUCAAGAUCAUGGGUCAUCGUUAAUAUCAUCAUUUCAUCAGUCUGAAGCACUAAACGAAGCUAAUGGAUGUCGGAGAAGUCAUGUGGCGAAAUGUCAGUUAGGCCAAGCCAAUACAUCACCAGUUAUGCAACCACAAUCAGGAUUAACUUCAGGAGUGAAGUUGAAAAGUGAAGAUGUUGGUGAAGGCCCUACUCAUGCUACUGGCAUUCAAGGGACAAGUGUUAAUCCCUCGAUAAAAGAAGAACCGUGCUCGACUAAUGGUACUUGGUGUGAUCACAAAACAAAGAGAAUUGCCGGUCUUAGGGAUCAGCCAACUCGUAGUAUUGAUGUCAGUUUCCUUCAACGAGUAGCGUUAGCAUUUGAGGAAGUAAAUGCAAACCAAGAAGAAGGCACAAGGUCGGCGAAAGAAUCAAUUAGCAUGAACCCAAGUCUUGAACCAACAUUUCUAGCCAUUGUCCAAAAGCACGGAGACAUUACAAAGGACUGUCCGUUGGAGUCAGGUUACAUGCUUACUUCUGUUCUAGAAGCUAUAUGCAAGGUUGUUCAAGAACUCCAACAGAAACACUUCACUGAAUUCGAUUGUAAUCUCUUGAACUCCUAUUGUUCUGUAGUCCGGGAUGCUGAGAAAAUGAAUGUGAACGUCAACUGGUUAAGGACUCGACUUGAUGAGAUUAAAGAUGCGGUAAAUUGUAUUAUUGAGACAAAAGAGCUCAAUGAUGAGAAGAAUACGCUCGCAAAACAGAUUGAAAAUGAGAAGGAGGGUCUUGAAUCAAUGAAAGCAGAAUUGGAGAAACUCAAGUCUGAAAUUGAAAGAAAGGAAAAUCUGCUCAACUUGGAUACGUUGUUGACUGAAGAUAUGAGUAGCUUGAUUAAUGAUCGGGCACUCAGAAUUCAACAGUAUAAAAACAUGCCGUUGAUGGAGGCGUUUCAAUAGUUUUACCCGUGUCUAAAUUAUCUAUCCUUCUGUUUGUCCAUGCUGGUGUUCAGGAUAAGAUCUUCCCUCUAGUUCAUUAAUACUUAACCACCAUUUCAUUAAGGAUGAACUCAACUCUUAGUUAUUCUUGAAACUUUGUUGUAAUGUACAUAUAUAAGUUAUUCUAAUGAAACUUUUAUUAGUAAAA